GGUGCGACGUCAAGUGUUUUAAUUGCUGAUUAGUUGCCUUCGUAAUCAUCACAAUUAGCCGACUGUGUUAUGCUGCUCUGCAAGGUAAUAUUGCUGGGAUUGAUGACGGUUAUUCUGGGUGUGACCACGGUGCUGGCCGGCUACUAUGACCGCCAUAAAUGUUUUGAGGUCAGGUGCAAAUUUAUGUUCCCCAUGAAGCCGCUGUCCAAGGGCGUUUAUUCCUUCUACAGCAUCUGUAACGUUAGGAACAUCACGAAGGGAGUCAAAGAAUUUUAUUGUUACGGUCUGUUUUCCAGCAUUUUCCAGGAUCCUGGCGGGCCAAGCUUGAUAAAAUGCUGCAAAACCCCGCCCGGAUACCAUAUCGAUUAUUCUCGUUGCGAAUGGAAGUUCACGGACGAUAAACGCGGUGAGCAUUACGACGGCUAUUGGUUGGCAAAAUGUGAUACAAAUGAAGUUAUGAUCGGGCUGGGACAAGCCGUGAAUCUAUAAUUAAUGUAACACUUUUCCAGAUAAUUGUAAUACACACCAAUUAGCUUCGUUCUGUGGACAGUGUUGUCACGGUGAUCUACAGACCAGCAAUGUUUACCGUCGGGUCGGUGGGCCGCGGCGGCUGGUACGACAGUCAAUUCAACCGUGGCUACUCACAGUAACCACAACGUGUUCCCGGCGCCGCAUCAAAUGGCUAUUUGCCGCACGUUUCGGUAUAUUUUAAGUACAGUACAUAAAUUUUGACAAUUUCAG